ACCGCGGGAGUUCUGGCGUUACGUUACUAUGGCAACUGGGUUUGGUUUCUUUAUAGGUGAAAACAGUGAGCUGAAUUCAUUUAUAUUUACUUACUAUUUCACCUUCUUCUAUCCACCAGCCUGAUAUUAUAGUUUAUUACAAAAGGGCCGUCUUUUGUCUGCUUUAGUUUUGUUAUUACUAUUUAUCCAUAUAAUACGGGUGAAGAUGCAGACUGUAACCUCAGACAGCGCCCGGGAGGAAACCGUGACCGUGAGGAGAAGCGAGUCCGCGGACGCUGAAGAGAUAGACGGCCUCAUUAGUCCAUCUGCGCAGGCGGUGUUUGGAAGAGUCAAUGUUAUUCAUCUGCUAGAGAAAGCUAACCUGGCUGUGACUCUGACCAAUGAAAAGGGCGACAUCCUAGGCCACGCUUCCUUCUUUGAUCACCCUAUUGGAGAUCUGGUGGAUCAGACGCAGUGGGAAGCUUUCGUGCAGGAACACUUCAGUGUUGGACAAUGGACACCUUUCAACACACUUUUCCUCCACCUUUUUGUGGCACGGCCGAAUUUCACCACAGCAAGUGUGAAAGAGAUAAUGAGGGCCAUCUUUAACGCCAUUGCUGAGCUUGAAUACGUCUGUCUGCUCAGCCCACACGUUGGUAGUUUAGAGCCAGCGCUGGAUGAAAUAUUUGAGCCGUUGGAGCGUGUGACCGACCCCGGGCCUCAGUGCUUGGCACUGAUCUGCCACAGAAAAGCUCACUGUCCCCGGCCUAUUGUCCGCGCAGCCAGGGUUGAGGAUCACAAUGACAUUAUACCUCUGUUUGAUGAGCAGACAAACCUGCUGUCUAUCAGUCACCAGCCGUUCUUCCUCGCAGCGCUCAUUGAGGCCGAGGCCGAGGAGCAUCACACCGCUGUUUGCGAGAUUAAUGGAGUCGCUGUUGGCUUCAUCUGUGCCAGUGCUGAUGUCAACCUGAAGUGGCUCCUUGGCAGAUUUGAACUGAGUGAGUUUGACGGUUUGAUCAGAGAGCAGAAAACAAAAGAUCAUAAAGUUCCUGCUCAGUCUGAUGAAGAUGAACAUAGGCGGGCUGCAGAGCAGCAGGAGGAGGCUCAGCCAGCUUCAGAAAAAUCCAACACCUUCUGUAUUCAGAUCUUUGUUAUUGACAAGAAUUAUGAACUGAGAUCAGCGGACUUUAUUCCUUUUCUGUUCCAGGUUUUCCCCGACCAGAACUUCUGCGUUAUCACAGUUCCAAAUCUGUCCACUGAGUUCCCCCUGUUGCAGAACUUUAUCAGGGUGCCGUCAAUUCCCACCAGCUUGCCGCAACAUGAGCUCUAUAUCUUUCACCGCGAUGGAAUCAGGUCUUUGAGCGUGAGGCCAGCCGUGGCUCUGGACCGCUCUGCUGUCUCUGCUCUGGUGAAGGAUCUGAGUCUGAAUGAGUCUUUGCUGCAGGACCUGGACCGCUACUACGAGACUGGCUGUGAUCAGGAUGCCGUUCCACUGCAGGCCUUCGUCGCCCAGGCAGAAGCAGAGUUAGUUGGGAUUGUCAUCAUCAAGGACGAGCAGGACAUCGAGUACAUCCGUGCUCACUACAACAUCGAGAGCUUCAUCUACUUUAGCCACCAUGGCUACGAUGAGCACGCUCAGAUACUCCACUUCGUCCUCAAAACCACCAUCCAACACUUCUCCAAGAACUUCUUUAAGGAGGUCCUCCGGCAGGCUCGCAAAUCCUGCCUGUACCUCCGAAUCUACCCCCCCUACCACAGCCAGGAGAAUUCCUGCGUCCACCAUCUGCAUUAUGUCCUCAACUGCGCCGUCCCCGUCUGCCCACGACGCCAGAUCAUCUACCCGCUGGAGGAGCUUGGCAUCAACGCCCCGUCUAGACGGCUCACAGAAGACCAGGCACCGUUUGCUCUCAGCCUCGUCAGCAGAAAGUUGACCAUGGAGCCAAAGGUCACCAUUAAUACCCGGAUUGUGCUGGUGGGAGCUUCGGACACAGGUUUAGCUUUCCUCGAGGUGCUUUGUUCCUGUCAUGCCUACAGCAGCAGAGACUUGUCCCAGAUCCCAGUGCGUUCCUUCAUCAGAGUGGUGACGGGGAAGUUGGUGGGCAUCAGAAGGAAGUCCAAAUACGUCCUCUUGUCCAGUGGGGAGAAGGUGCCCUACGACCACCUCAUCCUCUGUACUGGCCUGCAGUAUCGGGUACCGUGUCCCACUGGUGUAGAUGUGAGCCAGCCUGUCACAAACAGCCAGCUGCACUCCACUCACAGCAGAUACACUGGGCCCGUGCCCUCCAACCUCUUCACCCUCAACGACCUCCACGACUGCAUGGCUGCUCGCCGCUGGCUCUGUGCCAACUUUUUGGAGCUGGAGGAUAACGCCAUCGUCUACGGAAACAACAUCGACAUCUACACCACCGUAGAGACUCUGCUGAGCCUCGGCAUUCGUGGAUCUCGUAUCCAUCUUGUCCUCUUGCCUCCUGUGCCAGGCGUCUCCAGCUUCUUGGACUCAUCUGUAGAAAAAGCCGCGGCGAUGGCCAUGGAGAACGCCAUGGUCCAGAUCCACCGUAACUGUGUGCUGGCCCAGUUUAACAAUGGCAAACAACCCGACCCGCUCACAUCGGCAUCGUUUACCACUGAUGCAGAGCCUCUCCAUCUGCAGUGUGGAGUGUUCAUCAACCUCUCCAAUAAAGGAGUCGACUACGACGCUUUCAACAGCUUCAACAAGUCCUUCCUGGUAUUUGAUGGCAGGCUUGUCAUAAACUCCAGCUUCAGAACCACCAAUUCGUCCAUUUGGGCUGCCGGGCCUCUCACCAAAUUCUCCCGCCGUUACUACAUAGAUGAGUGGACACAUGCCAACUUUAACUCCAAGGAAGUGGGCCAGGACCUGGCAGCCAUGAUGCUGCCCCUGUUUGAUCCAACCGUGGAGCCUGCUGAGGCGCCUCCACCUGAAACAGAUCGUCUGGUACUGCUGUACAAGCAGGCCAAGAUUCAAGGUGGUAAGCUUCCUGGAGGAUAUCACUACCUGCAUGUGACCAAACCAUCUCCAACAGACCUGACAGGCCCUAAAGUUAAACAGUUACAGGACAGAGCAAUUGUGACGGGACAGCCGGAGAGAGGCGACUACUUCUGCUUGCAUCUUGACUGCUAUGAGCUUGUGGAGACGCUCACCUGCUUGUCCCUGAAGCCUCUCCCCGUCUCCAAUUACCUGAGUCUCUACAUGAAACAUCAGCAGCUGCUGGGCCAGCUGCUGAGCUGCUACCAGCAGGGCCUGAUCCCUGAUCUGUACAGUUUCUUCACACAGAGCAGCUGUUUGGCCGUUUUCCACGACAGAUUCUCCGAUUUAGAGCAGGAGCUUCAGCAGACCCUCAAACUCAAGGACCUCUGCCCUCCAGACCAAUUGAAAGACGAGGACAGUCGAGCGGCUCUGAGGAGCAGUGCUGUGAAGUAUCUGAGUUACAACCGAAACCUGCUGCCCAUGUUCGCCUGCCCGGGCCAGCUCUGACCUCACGCCUGUUAAAAUACUAAAACAAAUCAGACUCUGUUUGAGGUGUGGUAACUGGUUUAUAUUGUGUAUGUGUCACUGGAUACCUCCAAUCAUUUGAGCUGGCUCAGGAACGCUGUGGAGACACUGUGUCUGCUAUGUGUAAAUAUGUUAUUAUAUCAGAUCUUUAGAGUCCUGGAGAAAAUUUUAAAAUCAGCAGCUCAGCACAAAAACACAGUCAGGAGUCACAUGACAUUUUUUAGUCCUGUUAUGUUCAGAGAAAGCAAACAGACAGUCAGCGUCUCCAAACUGGAUUACUCACACCAAAACACUGAUUAACACUACUGAUUUGUUUUCCAUCAAAUGGUUAAAAAAUAUGUGUUUUCUUCGAUUGCUUCAAUUAAUCAAUAUAAUCCAAAAAUUUUCCAUCAAAUAAAUGUUAUUUUAAUUGUUUUCAGAGAUAGAGAGAGAGAGUGGUCUAAUCCAGUAAAACUUUCUUUGUGUAAGAGUUCUGGCUAACUUUUAACGCUAUUACCAUUAAAUUAAUGCUUGCAUUCA